GUUUUUUUUUUUUUUUGGUGCCAUGGACGACAUGAACAACAGUUCGGUGGUGGAGCAGCAGCGGGUGGUUGUAGCUGUGGAAGAGCCAGAAAUGGGAGGAGAAGGAUCUGGGCCGGUAGUAUUGGGGUUGUCGGGUCCAAUUGGCUUGGAAGAAGUGGGGAAGAGGAGGAGGGGACGGCCCAGGAAGUACGAGGUUGCUGGGAAAAAGGUGGGCCCAGUGUCGGAGAGCCCGUCCAAAAGGUCUCGAGGAAGAGGAAGGCCCCGAGGUUCGGGUAAACUUCAGGCCUUGGCGUCUUUGGGUGCAUUUGCUGCAGACACAGCUGGAGGAAACUUCACCCCUCAUGUUGUACCCAUACAAACCGGUGAGGAUAUUGUUAGUAAGAUAUCAUCAUUAUCUCAAAAGGGUCCCCGAGCAGUUUGUAUUCUUUCUGCUACUGGUUUGGUCUCCAGUGUGGUAAUUCACAAACCUGGUUCUCCUGGUGGUAUUUUGAGAUAUGAGGGUCGCUUUGAGAUCUUGUCUUUAUCUGGAUCAUAUACAUUUGGUGAAACAGGUGGCGUACAUCGCAAAAAUGGCUUGUUAAGUGUUUCACUUGCUGAACCUGAUGGUCGGGUUUUUGGUGGUGGGAUUGCAGGUGCACUGAUUGCUGCUGGACCUACUCAACUCAUCAUUGCCAGUUUUAAGCAAAAUAUCAAUAAGGAAAUAAGAAGGAAGCACUCCCACACUGAUCAAAAGAAAAGGAAGCACUCAGUUGAGUCCAACGAUGCUGCCAGCAUUCCUCGUGUUUCAGAUACGGGGAGAGUACCCAAGCGUAUUGCUAAGAUGUCUGAUGGUGAUGAUAGUUGCACUACCCCGACAUCUGCACUCUUGGAAUCGGUCUAUGGAAGAGCAUUUGAUAUCCUUGCCAUGAAGCAAAACAUGACCUCUGCUUCUUCUCUACAUAGUGCUGAUCAGAAUGCCUCGCAUCCCUUGCAGCAGAUGUCAGACCAAAUAGCAUCUCCUAACAUCAAUGCCUGUAUCCCUCGGAUAUAAAGGGGGUUACAGUUGUUAAUUGAGGCAGGCGGGAGAAAUAGAAAGCAGCUUGCUUACUUCGUAGGUGGUGAUGAUUGAAGAUGCUUAUUAAUAAAUGUAAUUUAUCAUUAAACAUCUGUUAUUUACUUCUUUUGCACUUUAUGUGAAAGUUUCGCAUUUACUUCCUGGCUUGAAUUGAAUGCCAUGAAUAAGGCAUUUGACAAGGUAUUGGCAAUUAUUGCCAAUCGGGACAAUUGGCCCUCACUAGUUUUAAAAAUGUUGAUGCUUCUAGGAUAGCAUA